AUGGAGAGCCACGUCCGCGUGGAACCAUAUGGGUUGAUGGAGUCCGUACCAAGCGCGUUCGUCGGGAGGAAGGUCGUUCCACGUGAUCUGCCACCGGAGAGAGUAACACAGCUUCCACGCCGCCUUCCACCAUGCAGAAGCCAGUCCCCAUUUGAUCAUGUCGCCAUGACGCAACGGGGAUAUGGUGAGAAAGUCCAAGGCGUGCCGCCGACCCGUGGACGGGAUGAACGUCAGAGUCAGCUCUGA